CAGAUGGCUAACGGUGGUGUCGCUUCAGUCGGUGGUAGCCUGUCUGUGGAACACAAGGACAAGGUGGAGCCACACGCAGACAUCAUUCUCCACCCUUUUGUUGUGAAUGAUUCCGUUAUUCUCCUGCAACCGGUGUAA